AUGGACAGACUGAUGACGGAUGACAAGAACAACGGGAAAGCCACGAAGAAGAAGUCCUUCUCUGACCCCAGUCGCCGUGGUGACGGCCCCCUGCUUGACGAACCAGGGUUCAAAAGUCACCAUCACCCUAAAGAACCAGUCAGUGAGCUGGAUCAGCCUGGUCAGAUCCCACCCUCCAGCAGUGAGCCAAUCCUGAGUGAGCAGAGAGAUGAACUUUGGGAGCUCGGAGAUGAAUGUGGACGCCCAUUACUUAGUCGCCAUGGCAACAAUGAAGGCGGGAAAUUCCGCUCCCAAUCAGAAAGGGAGGUGCACUCCUGUCUCCAUGGUGAUGACACAGACGGAGUGGGAGGAGGGGAGAUAUUGAACUCUGACCUCAAAUUAGCGGAGGUUGUGUCUCCCAGAAUGGGCCGGCGGACCUACAGGAAACGCCCCAACUGGGUCACCCAAUCAGCAUCAGAGGAGCCGAACCACUCGGAACCAGGCCCAGAGCACCAGGAUCAAGACCAGACUGAUCUCACCCCCCCAUUGCCCCUGGCCCCCCCCAAACCCAAAACUAGAUCCAAGCACGUCCGCCACGCCAGCGAACCUGCCACCUUCAUCCCCAUCUUCCCACCUCCACAGCCCCAGCGAGCCCAGGGGGAUCUGCCUUCCCUACUACCCGCCUGUGAACCCUCCAUCCUGGGUAAGCCCACCAGUGAAGAGGCCCCCUCCCUGGAAGAUGUGACCAAGCGGUAUAUUCUGGCCCUGAAUGCUCCAGGGGGCGAGAGCGACCCGUCUGGUUCUGAGUCUGGGUCUAGAGGAACGGUGCCUGUACCAGACGGGUCCAACUCCAGCCCUGCUACUCCCAGUGGUGCCAGAGAACCCAGACUGCAGAGGAAGAGCAGCGAGGAGCUGACCAUACCAGCCCCACAGAGAGCCAAACCCAGAGUGGAUAUGAGAAGACAUGUCAUGAUGACCCUCCUGGACACUGAGCAGUCUUAUGUGGAGUCGCUCCGGACACUGAUACAGGGCUAUAUGCGGCCUCUGAAGCAGCCAGACAGUGGAUCCCUUGUUGAUCCCUCAUUGGUGGAUGAGAUGUUCUAUCAGAUCCCAGAGAUCCUGGAGCACCAUGAGUACUUCCUGGAACAGGUUACUGGCUGCAUUAGCCAAUGGCACGACAGACAGACUGUGGGCCAGUUGCUUAUCCAAUCGUUCUCCAAAGAGAUUCUUGCUAAUAUUUAUUCAGCAUACAUCGAUAACUUUCUGAACGCCAAAGACGCAGUGAGGAUCGCAAAGGAGGCCAAGCCGGCAUUCCUCAAGUUCCUGGAGACCAGUAUGCGUGAGAACAAGGAGAAGCAGGCCCUGGGUGAUCUGAUGAUCAAGCCUGUCCAGAGGAUCCCCCGUUAUGAGCUGCUGGUCAAGGAUCUGUUGAAGCACACUCCUGAGGAACAUCCAGACCACCCGUUGCUAUUGGAUGCCCAGAGAGACAUCAAGCGAUUGGCUGAGAAGAUCAAUAAGGGGCGUCGCUCUGCGGAGGAGGUGGAGAGAGAGACACGCGUCAUGCAGGAGAUUGAAGCCCACAUCGAGGGCGUAGAACACGUCAGAGAUAUCCUUAACCCAAUGAGGAAGUUCCUGAGACAGGAGAUGGUGAUGGAGGCGAAGACCGUGGGGGGUAAGAAGGACCGCUCUCUCUUCCUCUUCAGUGAUCUGCUCAUCUGCACCACCCUCAAGAGGAAGUCUGGAUCCCUGAGACGCAGCUCCAUGAGCCUGUACUCUGUUGCCAGUGUGAUCGACACUUCCAGUAAAUAUAAGUUCCUGUGGAAACUUCCCCUAGAGGACGUGGAGAUGGUGAAAAGCCCCUCCCAGGCAACCAACAAAGAGGCCAUCCAGAAGAUGAUUGGUCGACUGGAUGAGGACCUGAGUACACUGGGACAGAUCAGCAAACUAUCAGAGACUCUCAGCUUCUCUCACCAGUCUCUGGAUGAUGUGAUUAAGGACUUGAUGGCGUCAGUCCACAGGGAGCUUGCAGAGAAACAGUCUCUAGCCUUCAGUAUGACCUUCCUGCCCACCAAGCUGGAGCUGACCACCGCCUCGGCAGAAACCAGCUUCGUCUUCGAGUUCAGCUCCCCAGACACACGCAGCAACUUCCAACAGGCCUUCGAAGAUGCCAAGAAGAAACUGGCAAUGAAUAAGGACCAGUGGGACCCAGAGUUCCUGAAGGCUAUCCCCAUUAUGAAGACUCGUAGUGGGAUGCAGUUCUCCUGUGCCUCCCCCAGCCACAGUUGUCCAGAGAGCAGCAGUGAGGUGUGGGUGUGUAACAGUGAUGGUUACGUGGGCCAGGUGUGCCUGCUGAACAUCAGAGACCAGCCCACUGUAGAGGCCUGUAUCGCUGUCUGCUCUGCUAGGAUCAUCUGCAUCGCCGCAGUCCCUGGACUCAAGGGGAGGUUGGUACACAGAGCAGAGUGUACAAACACACACGUAUCAGUCCCUGGACUCAAGGGGAGGGAACGUGGAGUGGCGCACUCCCCAGCCCCUCCCCCUGUAGCUGUUGACUCCACCCCAUCCCGGCAGCAGCAGCUACACAUCUCCAUCUCUCAUUCGUCGCUGGAGCUGACCGAGCCCCCUUCAGGGGCGGGGCCAGAGUUAGUUCCGUUUGACAAUGAUGACACGGACGAUGAAGAUUCUCCUAGCCCCUCCUCCACUCUGCAGAGCCAAGCCAGUCACUCUACUGUGUCAUCCAGCUAUGGUAAUGAGGAGGGGUCUGGUUCUAAGGACAUGGCUACAGAGACCACCAGUAGUGAGGAGGAGCAGGACUACGCAGUGGCCAGUCCUUAUGGAGCUCCAGGCAGGCUAGGGGUGGGUGGAAGAGGUCGACCCCACAGCGAGAGCCCCAUGGACGGGAGAGCGAUGCGCCGCUCCUCCCGGGGAUCCUUCACUAGAGCCAGUCUGGAGGAUCUGCUCAGCAUUGACCCGGAGGCUUACCAGAGCUCUGUGUGGCUGGGUACAGAGGACGGAUGUAUCCAUGUGUACCAGUCAUCAGACAACAUCCGCAACCGUAAAAACAGCAUGAAGAUGCAGCAUUCUGCCCCCAUCCUGUGUAUUCUCUACCUGGACAACAAGGUGUUUGUGUCCCUGGCCAACGGAGAUGUGAUCGUCUACCAGAGGGAGGUGGGGAGUUUCUGGGACGCCCAGUCAUCUCAGACGUUGAGUCUUGGCACGCCCAGUAGUCCUGUCACUAAGAUGGUCCCGGUCGGAGGGAAGCUGUGGUGUGGUUCACAGAACCGCGUUCUCAUCAUCAACACAACCACACUGGUGCAAGAGCACUGGUUCCAGGUGGGCACAGACAGCAGUAGGUGUGUUACCUGCAUGGUGAGCUACGGCCAGGGGGUGUGGCUGGCGCUCCAGGGUAGUGCCCAGAUCAGACUUUACCACGCCCAGACCUGGGACAGCCUGACGGAGGUGGACGUGGCCCCCGCCGUGCACAAGAUGCUUGCAGGUUCAGAUGCGAUCAUCCGGCAACACAAGGCAGCGUGUUUGAGGAUCACAGCUCUCCUGGCCUGUAAGGACCUGCUGUGGAUCGGGACCAGUGCAGGGGUGGUGCUGACCCUGUCUAUCCCAGCCGUCAGCUCUGGGACUGUGUCAGGGACGCUGCGGUCACCUCUGACCCCCAUGGGCUCCGCUCACGGACACACUGGCCAUGUUAGGUUCCUCACCUCCAUAGAACUACCUGAAGGCUUCGACGUCAACUUCCCCCUGCCCGCCGAUAUCACAGGCAACCCAGCCCAGAGUGGUGUUGAAGGGGGUAAUGGGGGUCUGCAGAGGCGAGACUCCGCUCGCCGUCGCGCCUCCGUCCUCCUGCCCGUCAAAACCAAUCAGUUGGUGAUCUCCGGUGGCGACGGCUACGAGGACUUCCGACUGACCAAUAGCAGUGAGACAGUGGGGCGGGAUGACAGUACCAACCACUUACUGCUGUGGAGGGUCUGAGCCAAUCAGCCGGCCACAUUUAUAAAAACCCACCCCUUCAGCACCAGCAACAUACUGCCCUGGAGGAUGUGAGGCCAAGCCCCCUGCCCCGGGUCUGAGCCAAUGAGAGUCCCCCGACCCAUUUAAACCCCACCCUCAGCAAAAACCACACAUAAACCCGGCCCCUCCUCCUCAAACCCCGCCCCCGUUUUUAUUAGGUCCAGUAUUUUUUGUUCUUUGCUCCGUCUUCUGAUCUCUCUGCAUGGGUGUUGUUAGCCCAGACUGAAAAACUACAGGGUCGCUUCAAACCAGGUUUCUGUUGCUGUUUUACUUUGUUCUGAUGCAACUGUCUGUGUUGUUAAUCACUGAGUGAUGUCUCUUUGGUGUUUCGGCGUGAAUCACCCUCCACUUGUACUGCUCAGUCUGUGGACUCUGUCUCUACAGACUUUACUAGGAGAGAGGGAGGGAACAAGUGGGAGAGAGGGAGUGAAAGAGAGAGAGUGAGAGAUUGGGAAAGGGACAGUGACCAAAGAAAAGAGUGUGUGGAUAAGGACAGACCGAUUAGGUGAAGGAUAGGGAGAGAGGAGAGAGAGAGAUUGAGGCAGACAGGGUGAAAGGGUACUGAUGGGAAGAAGAUUGUGAAUUCUGCAACAAGCCAAAUGAUGGACUGAUGGAAGUAAAAAUGGAACAAGGCCAUCAUAACACUCCAUCCUAGGGAGGAGAGGAGAAAGGGAUGGAACAAGGCCAUCAUAACACUCCAUCCUAGGGAGGAGAGGAGAAAGGGAUGGAACAAGGCCAUCAUAACACUCCAUCCUAGGGAGGAGAGGAGAAAGGGAUGGAACAAGGCCAUCAUAACACUCCAUCCUAGGGAGGAGAGGAGAAAGGGAUGGAACAAGGCCAUCAUAACACUCCAUCCUAGGGAGGAGAGGAGAAAGGGAUGGAACAAGGCCAUCAUAACACUCCAUCCUAGGGAGGAGAGGAGAAAGGGAUGGAACAAGGCCAUCAUAACACUCCAUCCUAGGGAGGAGAGGAGAAAGGGAUGGAACAAGGCCAUCAUAACACUCCAUCCUAGGGAGGAGAGGAGAAAGGGAUGGAACAAGGCCAUCAUAACACUCCAUCCUAGGGAGGAGAGGAGAAAGGGAUGGAACAAGGCCAUCAUAACACUCCAUCCUAGGGAGGAGAGGAGAAAGGGAUGGAACAAGGAGUGAACACUAAACGUCUCUGUUCUCUGAACAAAGAAACUAAAGAGUAAACAUUAUAAAAGUAACCAAUGUGCAAUAUAUGGCAAGGGUACCGGGUACUAUAUAAACACACACACACACACUUUCUUCACUCGUUUGACAAAACACUGCUCGUCUCUCCAUAGCCUAUGACAAACAUACACAUACACCUCGUUCUCACACCUAAAUCACUUUUGUGUUUAUUAUUUUAAAGAUUUUUUGUUCUAUUUAAAGAGAAACAACGUCCCACUACCGCAGUGAAGUGUGUUUUAAAGCAUUUGUUUUAGGGGGCUGUAGUAGAAGAGAUAUGUUUGUACAGUAUUUAUGUUUUUGAUUUCAUCUUUGUCUUUUUACAGCACUUAAUUUAUAGAUGUGUUUUUCUCUCUUUCUUUGCUCCGAAGAGAUGAUUUACAGGAGCUCUGACACACACACACACACACACACACACACACACACACACACACACACACACACACACACACACACACACACACACACACACACACACACACACACACACACACACACACAGCCUAUAUAGCAUCACACACAAACAAACCAGUGCCCUCAGGGUCAAGUGGUGAUAGUGUUUAAUCUCUUCAAGCCAAUAGACCUCCCCUACAAACCAUCUGGGGACAUCACCUUUAACCACUCCAACCAAAUGUAUCAGCAUUAGGCUAAUUCCCCCAUUGUGAGCCAAUGAAGAGGCUAACGGAUAAUCGGGCGCGACAGGUAGCCUAGCGGUUAAGAGUGUUGGGCCAGUAACCGAAAGGUCGCUGAUUCAAAUCCCCGUGCCGAAUAGGUGAAGAAAAAAAAUAUGUCAAUGUGCUCUUGAGUGAGGCACAAUCCUAAUUGCUUCUGUAAGUUGCUCUGGAUAAGAGCGUCUGCUAAAUGACUAAAAUGUAAUCGGAUAACCUGCUCCUUUGAUACUCGUCUGCUGCUAGCUGUGUUUCUGUGUAGAGGUAUAUUAGCGGAGCAGCCUGUCUCUGUGUACUUGCUAAGUGCUCUGAACUUUAGCCAAGUGUGCAAUUCUAGUUAGUUAUUCUAUCCGUGUUAUUGUGAUGUCAUAUUGGGUAGGCUGUGGAACCAUCUGGACUUUAGAGCGAAGAUAUUUCUACCCGUUAUAUUCCCAUGGUCCUUCUCCACCCACCUCUUUUCACAGUAACUGCAUACUACAUUUUAUAAACACUACAUUGUAGAAAAUGAAGUAAAAGACUUUCAUGCUAGCUUUCAUGUUAAUCAAGAAACAGAAUUUAGUAGAAUAUCACUGUGGCAAAGACAUUUAGAAUUUAUCAUUCACACUACUUCUAACCGUUAUAAUAAUUUCAUGCUGCCAUCCUAGUAAAUUUCAGUAAUUCAUGUAAGUAACCUUUCUGCCAGUGUGUGAAAAAAGUCUUUAUUGUGUAAUGUAAAUAUUGGUAUAUAUUGCCUUUUUUUUCUGUAAAUAGUGCACCCACGGUCCUCAAUUGUUGAUAUGAAUUGAAUGGCAUAUUUUUAUAUACUAUGUGUAUGUUUUUUCUCCUCUGGCAUGCUCUGUCAGUCACGUUUAAAUUAUAACUGUCACAGAAUUACAAAAGAGAGAAACUAGACAGCUUCUAUGGUCAUACUUCAGUUGUCAUGGUUACUUCACAGCUUCUUCCUGUAGCUGUUUCUGUUUCGUCACUUCUUCUUUGGAAUUAAAUCAUUUCACUGGUGCCAGA